UACCAAAGCGACCGCCAAUUUCAGUUCAAUUCCGGCAACGCGCGUACAACGCGGCACCGAUGCGGGCGUUAAAUUCUUUUUUGACGGAAAAUAAAUCAGCCGCAUAUACUCGACGAUAUUUUGAUAUUUUCGUCGCUGUCUUUGAAUGCAAAAAGUAUUUUUUUCCCACGUCGGUGUGAUUGUGAUUUGUGGUUUCUGAUUUGUAUAAACUAACGUCGAAGUUUUGUGAUUGCAUCAGCAAUAAAUGUGGAUAUAUUGAAAAGAUUCAAAGCAUUCAAAGUUCCGACAACUAAAUAUAUGAAUAAAUUCCCAAAUUAAAGAGGCAAGAAAUAGUUGAAAUCCCAAAGACUGCACAGAAUUUGUGAACAGAAAUCUAUGCCGUUCGAAAUAAUUUCCCGCACAAAAGCAAAGGAACCGCAGGAGUCGAGCGCGGAGGGAGUCUCAACGAAAAGCCAGCCCAGAGCCAGAACAUGUUGCGGCCAAACUUCGGUCCAAUUAUGCGAGCAAUCAAAGCAACUUAAUUACUCAGCGGUUGUCACAAGAGUCCUUCGGAGAGGCAGAUUGGUAGCGAUGCAAAGGAUCUGGAGGUACGGCGGCCCUAGGCACAGAGCAACGACUAUGCAAAUUAGCCAGGCCAAAGCCCAGCACAGGCAAUUUGUCCUUCAAAAUGGCAGAGCAGCCCAGAGUUGCGAAUCACUCGAUUUGAUUGGAGCGCAAUUGCCGAGAGCUGAUGUAAACAAUACCCAAAUGAGCAGACAACACCUGGCCCUAAUGCUACUGACUCUCCUGGUUGUUCUGCCUCUGGGCCCCAAAGGAUGUGAGGCCACUUGCCGGGAGGAGUCGGCCAGGGAGUGCGAGGCUAUUUGCGAUGCGAGUGGCAGGAACUGCUCGAUUCGGGCUCUCGUCCUAUUGCCAGACGACAACAUGUACCAGGCCUCUUUGCCACGAGUCCUACCCAUCCUAAAAGUGGCUGAGCAACAGAUCCGAGCCAAGGCUCUGAUACCGCCCCAUAUCGAUUUCGAGUGGUUGGCCCACGACACCAAAUGCGACGCCUCUUUGGGAGUCAUCAAGGCUAUGGAUGGGAUCAUCAAGCAGUGCGCCCAGGUGAUCUUCGGACCCGUCUGCGAUUACUCUCUAGCUGCUGUUAGCCGUAUCACAAAGUAUUUCAACAGCCAGGGUACGCCCCUGAUCUCAGUGGGCGGGUCCACCUACGACUUUGAACAGAAGAAGACCGACUGCGACGAUGAGUUCUAUAUGUUGCUGCGCACGGGCAUGAUUAGUUUCGAGACCAUAUCCGAGCUGACCAUAAACGUGAUGAAGCGACACAAUUGGUCCCAUUCCAUCUUCUACUACGAACGUGACGGGCAACGAAGUGUCGCCGGAAUGCACACCUGCUUCCUCAUGAUGAAAUCAUUAGGAAAACAAAUGCGCAACGAGAACAUGACAUUUGCCCAAUUUCCCCUGGAGCCCAACUUGACAAAUCGCACGGAGGAAAUGCGGCGAGAAAUUGGCAAUAAGCAUGCAAUUGUCAUAAUGUGCGCCGAUCCGCAGUCGAUACGUCAAAUUAUGCUGACAGCCGAGGAGCUGAAUAUGAUCGAUAGCGGCGAAUACGUUUUCAUCAAUAUUGAAUUAUUUUCGCGGGUUCCCUAUCUGACGUCGCAGCCGUGGUACGAUAAGAAUGAUACGGAUUUAAAUAAUGAGCGGGCACAGAAGGCCUAUACCGCCAUGCUGACCGUAACACCCAAACAACCGAAUGACAACGAAUACACGCGGGUCUCCAAUGAGAUCAAAGCCAUCGCCGCGGAGAAAUACAAUUACACGUUCAGCGACAACGAACCGAUUUCGGCAUUCGUCACCUCCUUCUUUGACGGAGUCCUCCUCUACGCCAAUGCCCUUAACGACAGUAUCCGGGAGGAUCCCUCCAUGCUGACACGUCCCAUCAACGGCACGGACAUGGUGCGCCGCAUGUGGAACCGCAGCUUCACAGGCAUUACCGGAAACGUAACCAUUGACGCCAACGGAGACCGACUCUCGGCCUACUCUCUUCUUGACAUGAAUCCCAGCACAGGACGCUUCGAGAUCGUGGCCCAUUUUCUGCACAAUCGAUUGGAGUUCGAGGCCAACAAGGAGAUUCACUGGGCAGGAGAUCGCGAGGAGGCGCCUCCUGAUCGUCCAAGUUGCGGAUACGACGGUGCCCUGUGCCCCGAUAAUUCUUUACCCGGCUAUGCCAUCCUUUCAAUCAUCCUGGGUAGCAUGGUGGUAGUGAUGGCCGUGUGCUUUUUCUUUGGCUAUCGUCACUACAUCGCCGAGGCUGAGAUCAACUCGAUGAGCUGGAAGGUGUCCCUGGAGGAUGUGAUGUUCCGGGACGCGGCCGAGCGCGGACUUCGCGGCUCCUUCCACUCACUGGUGAAGCAGAGCUCCCAGCUAACCCUGAUGUCCGAGGACAUGGUCUCGAUCAACGGCGACCGGCAGAUCUUUAUUCCUGUGGGUAUGUUCCGAAAAAGCAAGGUUGCCAUUAAGCCCAUUGAGGUGGACAACGUUCACGGCCUGCUCACCCGCAACCUCAUGCUGGAACUGAAGCGCAUGAAGGACCUGCAGCACGACCAUCUGGUCAAGUUCUAUGGAGCCUGCUUGGACCAGCGUCGCAGUUUCCUGCUCACGGAAUACUGUCCCAAAGGAUCCCUGCAGGACAUCCUCGAGAACGAGCAGUUCCAACUGGACUGGAUGUUCCGAUUGUCCCUGAUGCACGACAUAGUGAGAGGAAUGCAGUUUCUGCACAGCUCGGACAUUCGGUCACAUGGCAACCUAAAGUCCUCCAACUGCGUCGUGGACUCCCGGUUCGUGCUCAAGAUCACAGACUUCGGAUUGCACAGCCUCCGACGGACGAGAUUUGACCUCGAGAGUGACGGCGGCAACUGCAACAGCCACGCCUACUGGAGCAAGUUGCUGUGGACUUCCCCUGAACUGCUGAGAUUGGAACAUCAAAGGGCACCCGAGGGCACCCAAAAGGGUGACGUCUACGCCUUUGGAAUCAUUGUGCAUGAAAUAACCACUCGACAAGGUCCUUUCUAUCUGGGCAAGUGUGCCUACGAGAAAUCCCCACAAGAGAUUAUCGAACUGGUGAAAGGAUAUCAUCCGCAGCGAAUGCAGAAGCCCUUCCGGCCAGAAUUGGAGCCCAAUGGUGACACAAAAGCGGACAUCAAUGGCAUCAUUCGACGUUGUUGGGCAGAGGAUCCUGCCGAACGCCCAGAUUUCAAUACCCUCAAGUCCAUGAUACGGAGGUUUAACAAGGAUAAUGAGACGGGCAACAUAGUUGACAACCUGCUGAAGCGCAUGGAGCUGUACGCCAACAACUUGGAGGAAUUGGUGGAGGAGCGCACCCAGGACUACCACGAGGAGAAGAAGAAGUGCGAGAAGUUGCUCUACCAGUUGCUCCCGCAGAGUGUUGCUGCGCAACUAAUCAGCGGACAGCCCGUUGUUGCGGAGACCUUUGACCAGGUGACGAUCUACUUCAGUGACAUCGUAGGAUUCACGGCCAUUUCUGCAGAAAGCACGCCGAUGCAGGUGGUGCAGUUCCUCAACGAUUUAUACACCUGCUUCGAUUCCAUAGUGGAGAACUAUGAUGUAUACAAGGUGGAGACGAUCGGAGAUGCCUAUAUGGUGGUUUCGGGCCUGCCGAUUCGAAAUGGCAACCAGCAUGCCCGAGAGAUAGCCCGUUUGGCUCUGGCCCUAUUGGAGGCGGUUCACAAUUUCCGCAUCCACCAUCGCCCUGAGGACCGACUGAAGCUCAGGAUUGGCCUGCAUACGGGAGCUUGUGUGGCGGGAGUGGUAGGCCUUAAGAUGCCCCGUUACUGUCUCUUUGGAGACACUGUAAACACUGCCUCUCGAAUGGAGUCUAACGGGGAGGCCUUGAAGAUUCAUAUUAGCGAAACCACCAAACAGGCACUGGAUGAGUUCGGCACAUUUGUAACUACACGACGUGGUUUUGUGCCCAUGAAGGGCAAGGGUGAGAUGCUCACGUACUGGCUGGAGGGCGAGGUUCCGCGUCCCGAUAGCCUAAUCUCUCCCAGUAAGCUAAUGCUAACUCGCAGAUCAUCCCUAAAGCAGCCCCAACGCAGUCAGUCCCAUCACCUGCACAAGCAGUACUCUGAACUGGUAGUGGCCUCACCCCCGCCCCAGGUGGUGGCCACUCCCACGAUCGCCCUGCCACCGCCACCGUCCUCCCUGUCCAAGGACUCCCCCAACCUUCGGGUGAAGCGCAAGAUCAGCUCCAGCUCGCCCAAGCUAAACGGCAGUGGCUUCGAGUAUCACAAGACUGAGAAUUUAUACCUGGAGCCCCAGCAGCGCCAGUGCGACAUCUACAGCAGUCGCAGUCUGCGAGACAUGGAGGAGACCUCCGACAGCUGGGAGCUGGCCCACUUCCGGCUGCCCCUAAGUGGUGCCCUCAAAAGCCACCAUCACCUCAACAACAACAAUAGUCAUAAUUAUGCACAAUCGAAUUCUAGCUCCAAUCUGAGCGGCAUACUGCAACCGCCGCCUAUGAUGAUGAUGGGUACCAGCAGGGGCGGCCGGCUAAAGCCCUCGCCCACGAUCUCAACACUGCUGACGGGCGCCAGGUCAGGAGAUGCCGCUGAAACCGGCAGCAUGGGAAGUGGUCAGCUGAGAAUCAAGUUUGCGGAAGGGGAUGAGGCUCCCCUGCUGCCCACAGUUGCUCCGCCCUCAACUUCACCGUCGCUGCCUCUUAACUCUAGUCCCCAGAGAAGUGGAAGCGGAAGCGGGAGUGGCAGCAACUGCGGCAGCACUAGCGUUGUAAACCAAAACAUUCCGUCGGAGGGCAAUCACUACGGAUACCUAGUGAAGAGCUUCAAGCAGCAAUGUCCCCCAGUUGCGGGUAGUGGCGUCACCCAGCCACUCCUGGCCAAGAUCAACUCGUAGCUAUAAGCCAGUGGUGGGGGACCGUCAAAGUCGGCCUCCCACCCGCACACUACACACUCGUAAUCAUAUGCAUAUUAAAUGUACUUGUUUGUGAUAAUAAGUUAAACCCAAGUUGAACAAGUUAGCAGUUAUAGUCGUUAGUCGACCGAAUCAAAUUCGAAAUUCGUACGGGAAUUCUUCUAAAAAUGUUAUUUAGCGUUAAAUUAACUUUUCCUUUUACUCAUAAGUAGCGAAUUUUAAAUGUAAUUAAUCGAAAAAGAAAGAUAAAAAACAAAACUCGAUGUAUAUAGAAAAUUACUCCCAAGACCGAUUUGUUCCUUGCACUUUGAAUAUUCAUUUUCUCCAAACUCGGAAACUUAUUUUAAAGUAGAAAUUAGCUUUAAUGAUAAGCAUAGGCAAUUUGUGAAAAUUUCUUGUAAGUAAAGUAUUAGAUGACUAUGAAUAUUUAUUUUGGAAAUUAACGAAUAACGAACUCUGUGUAAAUUAUUAAAUACAAAUAUUCUAUUACGAUUGAAAAUUCA